AUGUCGACCUCCUUCUUUGACGAUGACGACGACCAGGACUACGAGGCCUAUCGAGCACCGCAGCAGGACAUACCAGCUGCCGCAGCCGCAGCCGCUGCAGACAGACUGCCCGCGUUGCCUCUACUGCAAGAGAGGAACCACGACGACGACCACCAGCUCAACGACGAUCUCGAUCUCGAUCUCCAAGCGGACUCGUUGUCGACCUCGUCCUACAUCCCCGCGGCGGGCACCUCGAUCCGCGGCGCACGACACUCGUCCGUCGCGAAUGGUCUCGGAUCAUCGAGGUACCACGCCUCCUCGUCCCGGGGAAGGGGCGACUCUCCCGGACUGCACGACAUCCUCGCACACGAGGGCGACGACAUGGACCUGUUGGACCGGGGAAAGAGGGAGAGUAACGUUGCCAAGUUGAUGAGGUGCUGGAUCAACGAGAGCGGUAGCCCCGAGCUGUUGCCGUUCCCGCGAAAAUUGGUCGAGCGACUCGUCAAGGAUUUGGCCAGUAGGGUCAGUCGUGGAGAUACGGAGGUAGGAGAAGGUAGACACAGAUGCUGAUUCGGGAGCGACGAGCUCACAGAAAACGCUGGUGCGACAUGUCAACGCGACGGCCUCGGGCGACGAUGCUCUGUACCUCCAGGCGUCGCUCGUCGCUACUGAAAACAUGCGAGCGGCGCACGUCCUCAAGGCCUACACCCGUCAGAGGAUACACAAGGUUCGUUGAGAGGCUUGAGGACUGGUCUGAGCCUAGUCUGAGCCUAGUCUGAUCGUCGGAUCCUCCUCCCUUCUUGACACCGCCAGCUCGAAGCCCACGUCGAGUACUACCUUGGGCUGCCUCUCGAGGAUCGGAGAAAGCGGCUGUACUCGAACGAGCUCGCCCACGCCGAAGGGUGCGUGAACUGGUUACCUACCUUGCGGCGGUGUAGGUACGACAUGCAGCUAACCAUAUUUGGUUCGUAGGUAUUAUGCGUUGAAGAGGGAGUACCUAAAUAAUUCUGCCGUCGAUGCCUUGCCGGAACGGAUCAGGGUCCAUGGAGCCCCAGGUCCGUGCCGGGAGCAAGUGGUUUGUGUAACUUCGAUGAACGUACCACUGACAAGGUGCAAGCCCUUGAUCACACAGUGGCCGAGCCGGAUUUGUCGAGUGCCGUGUUUUGUCGGGUUCGGCGAGCGUGUGGACCUGUCGUCUUGCCAGAGUCAGUCCCCGGCACAAAUGCGCCAACGCGCGAGGCAACACCCUCUGACUCUUUAACCACAAAUGAUGAUAAUAGUGGAAUGUUGAUGAGUUUCGACGAGGGGUCACAGCACAUGCUCCGCUACUCGACGAUCCGCGAUCUGUUGGCCAAGGAUCUCCUCGAAUUGAUUUGA